UUAAUUAUUGAAUUGAGGCGCCAACGGAGCGGAUACGAUGCUGCCACGUAGUAUCCUGUGCGCCUUCGUUGUUUACGUUGAUGAUUUAUUUAAAGAUACAAAAGAGGGAGAUUAUGCGAUUAUGGAUCACUACGAGGCCUUGGGGAUCGGCCGAAACGCCAGCAAAGGAGAAAUAAAAGAAGCGUUUCGGAAGUUGGCUCUGAAAUAUCAUCCAGACAAGCACGCUCAGUCGCCCAAGGCCGUGAGAGACGGCGCAACUCUCCGAUUCAAGCAGGUUUCCGAGGCCUACGAGGUCCUUUCCGACGAUCGCAAGCGCUCCCUCUACAAUCUCCGAUCCUCCACCGCCCCACCCGGAUUUUCAGGUGGCUACGCCCACUCCUAUCAUUAUAAUAAUGAAAGACCUAGGUAUUCAUCUAGGCCCAAUGCCGAUGCCUUUGUUUCCAAAUUUGAGGUGGUUCUUCGCUUCCUGACCACUCGCGCGUUUCUACUCAACGUGGCCUUUGCUGGUGCUUUAUUAGGUGGUAUGGCAAUAAUUGAUAGGAGUGGGGAGACACUAUGGAAGAUGAACAAUUCUGGGAAAUCAUUUGACGAAGCCAUGGAGUCCAUUGGGAAGGCAAAAGCACAUAAAGAUGACAUGUAAAAGGGGCUAUCCAUGAUUUUCAUUGUAUGCUUUCCUCCCAUCAGAUCAAGAGCAGCAGCACGGAGUCCCAAAAGCGAAGGUUGAAACUGUCUUUGACCCAAGUAAACCACAUGCUCUACAAAAUGGUCCUUUUACCUGUUAUAUAUUUAUUAGCUCUCGCAUAUUUUAUUGGAUAAAAUACUCUUUUUCCAUACAAUUAAGCUGAUGUAUUAUAAUAUAAACUCAGUUCAAGCCAGUGAACAACUGUAAAUCAAAAUUCCAACGCAGAUUAAUACAAACAAGUAGAUUAUUGUUUCGUUGCA